AUGGUUGGGAGACGGGAAGAUCACGAGCUGAGGAGAGUGUUCCAGAUGUUCGACAGGAACGGGGACGGGAAGAUCACGAGGAAAGAGCUGAGCGACUCGCUGCAGAACCUGGGGAUCUACAUCCCGGAGGGGGACCUGACGCAGAUGAUCGAGAAGAUCGACGUCAACGGCGACGGCUUCGUCGACAUGGACGAGUUCGGGUAG